AUGAAAUCUAUUAUGUUGGUUAUUGUUGGUCUCUCGGCUGUUUCACCAGGUGAGGAUUUAUGCAUCAGAUCUUUUUUUUAAAAUAUAUUGAACUAAUUAAAAAGUGCACACCAGAUUUAACUCUAUAUUUCUGCCCCCUUUCUGCAGGUGUCUUAUCCAGUACACAGCUGACUCAGACUGGCCCAGUUGAGCUUAAGCCCGGAGAGUCCCUCCAACUGACCUGCACUGUCUCUGGUGUCCAAGUCAGUGGUUAUUACUGGAGUUGGAACCGGCAGCCUCCAGGGAAAAGGAUGGAAUGGUUGGGUUUCAUUCAGCACUCAAUAAAUGGAGGAAAUGCCUAUUACAACCCAACUUUCAGCAGCCGAGCCAGCAUCUCCAGGGACACCUCCAGAAAUAAAGUCUACCUCCAGCUGAGCUCCCUGACAGUUGCAGACACUGCAACAUACUUUUGUGCAAAAGCAUCACAGUUUGGCAAAGCGGUGGAGCACCCCAGCAAAAACCACACUCUGACUUGA